AUGUUCGCUCACUGUCGAUCGCCGAUAUGGCGUGUCGAUGACAUAUCAAAUUGCGUCCAGAGAGAUUAUCUCAAAGUUCUCUUCCCUCUAAUAGCUAUUGGCAUUUCGUCACUACUUCUUAUAUUACAAGCAGUCCUACGAAAUGUCAAAUUAAAACGCAAUGCGGGCUACAAAUCCCUUCCCAAUGGAUCGAGCGCGGCCAACGGGCCCUCCGGAACCGAGAACGGCCGCCCGACUGUCCCUGGAUAUGCCAAUGGCUCACCGACACCAGACGAGGUGAUGGAAGAGGAAGAGGAAGAGGAUGAUGUAUUGACCAUGGGUGGGGGCCGAUUGGUAUUGACAAAAACCACCACCAGAGGAUCCGUCGCGGCGGUCGAUAGCCCUCGAGGCCAAUACACGAUACUAGUUGUGGAGCUUCUAGCAAUAGUUGCAAUUGUUUCCAUCAACGUGGUAGCCCUGGUUAUUCGUGCAUACGGUCCGAAGGGGACUCCAGCAACGGUGGCAGGAAUAGCUACAUGGGUAUACAUCUUGAUACUGGCAAGUUCGAGGCUGUUGCUGUCUAGAACCCGGUGGAGGAUCCCGAGGGUAUGGAAUCACACCGCGGCGCUUUAUACGGUCCUCUGGCUCUGCUCCAUAAUUUCCUUCCGCUCCGCCAUCAUCCAUCCUCGAUCAGGAGCUGCUCAAGCUUUGGUCAUGUCCGAGUUUGCUCUGACCACAUUGGUCUUUUCCAUUGCCAUCGGCACUCGGAAGGGUAAUAAAACCGUUGUAUUGGAAUGGGAAGACGGUAUCGAGCCUUCCAGGGAGCCCCUCGCAAGUUUGUUUUCUAUCGCUACGUUCUCGUGGGUUGAUUCAAUCGUCUGGCAAGGAUACCGGAAAACAUUCGAGCUACCAGAUGUGUGGAACCUUGUACCCAAAGAAAAAGCCGCAGCAGUUAUUGCAGAUUAUCGACAAUUGUCAAAGACGGCUGCGCUGACAUGGCAUCUCAUGCGCUACUUCCGAGGAGUACUUGUAGUCCAAUGUUCGUACGCCGUGGUCGGUGGUAUUUUUACCUUCGCCCCGACGCUUCUCCUGAAGUCCAUUCUGGAAUACAUUGAGGAUCCUGAGAGCGCGCCUCGAAAUGUUAUCUGGCUCUUUGUCAUCAUGCUUUCAUUUACAGAUAUUCUUCGUUCGUUGGCAGACCAACAGGCUCUCUGGAUAGGCAGGAAGAUCUCUGUCAAACUACGAGCCAUCAUGGUUGGCGAAAUCUACGCAAAGGCUCUACGGCGGAAAGCCGCAGCUGGAAGCGACACACUUCUAGGAGACAAGAAAGAUAAGGCAGACGCUGCCAAGGAUGGCAUGUUCAAGAAGCUAUUGGGUCUUGGUAAGAAGAAAGCUACCAGUAAACCAGAUUCAGACCCCACAGUCAAAGAUCCCACGGCAGUAAGAGGCGCUGAUGAGCAGGUCAACGUGGGAACAAUUAUCAAUCUUAUGUCUGUUGACUCCUUCAAAGUCAGCGAGAUCACGGCAUAUUUGCACUUCCUUUUUGCGGCCGGUCCAACCCAGUUGAUAGUGUGCAUCUACCUCCUCUACCGAAUCCUUGGUCUCAGCAGCAUUCCUGGACUGGUGAUUAUGUUUAUUCUUCUGCCUAUCAAUAUCGCCAUUGCACGAGGCUUUGGCGCUUUCCAAAAGAAGAUUAUGGCAGCGACGGAUAAGCGGAUUCAUACGACCAACGAAGUCCUCCAAAAUAUUCGAAUCAUUAAGUUCUUUGCAUGGGAGCACCGCUUCAGCAACAUUGUCAAUGACAAGCGUGCCGUCGAGUUGAAAUCCCUACGGUCAAAAUACAUACUCUGGGCCUUUGCGGUUGCUGUGUGGAACACAGCUCCCGUGGUGAUAACAUUCUUUUCUUUCCUCUGCUACACCAUGAUCGAGAAGAAGCCACUGUAUCCUUCUAUUGCAUUCACAGCCAUUUCGCUCUUCACAAUUCUCCGGGUUCCUCUAGAUCAGCUUGGCGACAUGAUUGCGCAUGUGCUAGAAUCCAAGGUGUCGGUGGACCGUGUUGAAGAAUUCUUAAAUGAGGAAGAGACUGAGAAAUACGAUCAACUCCGCCACGAUUGCAGAGAUGAAGAUGGUGAUAAAAUGAUCGGCUUCAAAGACGCUACUAUCUCCUGGGGUGGCAAAGAAUCAUCCGCAGACCAAAUUUCAGAUGCAUUCCGCCUCCCGAAUUUAAAUAUUAAGUUUGCCAUUGGCGAUUUGAAUAUCAUCGCUGGCCCCACGGGAUCCGGCAAGACAUCUCUCUUGAUGGCGCUCCUGGGCGAGAUGACAUGCAUCAAGGGGAAAGUUUUCCUCCCAGGCGGUGGGUACAGUCGUGAAGAUGUCCGACCGGACCCGGAGACUGGCCUCACCGAGACUGUUGCCUAUUGCGCUCAGCAAGCCUGGCUUGUAAAUGCAAAUAUCAAAGAUAAUAUCCUGUUUGCCGCACCACUUGAUGAGGCGAGGUACCGUCAAGUUAUUGUGGCAUGUGCCUUACAGCACGAUCUAGAGGUCCUGGAUGCCGGCGAUGAAACACUUGUCGGUGAGAAGGGUGUGACUCUUUCCGGUGGUCAGAAGCAGCGUAUAUCGCUUGCAAGAGCACUAUACUCAAACUCGAUGCAUGUGCUUCUAGAUGACUGCCUCAGUGCCGUGGAUUCACAUACAGCAAAGUGGAUCUUUGAGAAGUGCAUCCGAGGACCUCUCAUGCAAGGUCGAACCUGCAUAUUGGUGACGCAUAACCUAGCUCUAUGUGUGCCCCAGUCCCGAUACGUUGUAUAUAUAGAAGAUGGGAAGAUUGCAAUCCAAGGCUCGGCUGAGGAGGUUAUUGCUUCUGGCAAGCUCGGCGAAGAUUUCAUCAAGUCGCGGCCUGGCUCCGCCAUUGCCUCGCAAAUACCAUCACGAGUGCCAUCCAGUGUUGGAGAUGAAAGCGGUGGAACUCUUGUCGAUGAUAUGGGCACUGCACCUGGUGCGAAAAGCAAGAAGGCACAAAAAGCUAAGUCUGCCCAACAAGAUGUCACGAAGGAUGCCAUGUCAGAGACAAAGGCUGAAGGCGGUGUUAAGCUACCUGUUAUUGCGCUCUAUUUGAAGGCCAUGGGACCUUGGUGGUUUUGGGUUCUUGCACUUGCAGUUUUUGGGAUCCAUAAUUUCGGCAUCCUGGCCGGUAAUGUCUGGAUCAGGGAAUGGGCAAACCAAUACAGCACAGAAUCAGUCAGCACGUAUCAUACCGUAUCCACCCAAGGCUACCUUGGUAACUCGAUCUCAACUGUCCAAGUGGCUAGCUCUCGGAUCGUUCAAUUACAGCCUUUCUUUAACCCGACUAAGACUUCGCUCCUUGCAAAGUUUGCUCCAGACGUUGAUGUUGCCUACUACCUCACGAUAUACGCUAUCAUCGGUAUUCUCUCCAUGUUUAUAGCGCUUUUCAGAGAUUUAUGGCUAUUCUUCGGUUCCUUAACGGCUAGCUGGCAUAUCCAUACGCGCUUGAUGGAAUCUGUGACGCGAGCAAAGUUCAAGUUCUUCGAUGCAACACCACUCGGUCAAAUUAUGAACCGUUUCAGCAAAGACCUAGAAGCUGUUGAUCAAGAAGUGGCACCUAUAGCUAUUGGUGUCAUGUCCUGUGCUCUCUCCAUCGUUGUGACGGUUGCACUUAUUACUGUCAUCACACCUGGCUUUCUGGUCGCCGCUAUACUCAUUAGUUUCGUAUACUUCUUCGUUGGGCGAUUCUACCUCAGAUCAUCCAGAGAUCUCAAGCGGAUCGAGUCGGUUCAAAGAAGUCCGCUAUUCCAACAAUUCGGAGAGACCCUCAGCGGGAUAACCACAAUUCGAGCUUAUGGAGAGGAAAAACGAUUCAUUCGCGAUAAUAUGCACAGGAUCAAUAAUUAUAGCCGACCCUAUAUUUAUUUGUGGGCAGCGAAUCGAUGGCUCGCGUUCAGAAUCGACGUUAUCGGCGACCUCGUGGCUUUCUUUGCUGGCGCCUUUGUUGUCUUCAAUAUUGGAAAGAUCGAUGCUGGUUCAGCUGGUUUGUCUUUAAGUUAUGCUCUCAGUUUCACGGAAAAUGUGCUCUGGCUCGUCCGUCUCUAUUCCAUGAAUGAGCAGAAUAUGAAUUCGGUGGAACGUAUUAAAGAAUACCUUGAGGUAGAGCAGGAGGCAGCCCCUAUUAUUGAGAAGACGAGACCUGCUGCAAACUGGCCAAGCGAAGGCUCAGUGGAGUUCGUCAAUUAUACUACGAGAUAUAGGGCGGAUCUCGAUCCUGUAUUACGAGAUGUCAGCUUCAAGAUAAAUCCCUUGGAGAAGGUUGGAAUUGUAGGAAGGACGGGUGCUGGCAAGAGUUCGCUUGCUCUCGCACUCUUCCGAGGGCUUGAAGCAGAAGAGGGCAAAAUCUUCAUUGAUGGUGUUGACAUUGGCCUAAUUGGGCUUCAAGACCUCCGGGGAUCUAUUACGAUUGUCCCACAAGACCCAACACUUUUCACGGGUACUAUUCGAACCAACCUCGACCCCUUCGAUCUCUUCACCGACGAGGACAUCUUCACCGCCUUACGAAGAGUCCAAUUAAUUGGCGUCCCUACCUCUGCGGGCGCCUCAACAGUAGAUCUUCUGGAAUCCCCAGACACACCGACAAGCACAUCCACACCCGGCACAAAUAAAAACGUCUUCCUCAACCUCUCCUCGCCCGUUGCCGAAUCCGGCAACAACCUCUCCCAGGGUCAGCGCCAACUCCUCUGUCUCGCGCGCGCCCUCCUCAAAAAUCCCAAGGUCCUCAUGAUGGAUGAGGCAACCGCCUCAAUUGAUUACAACACCGACUCCAAGAUCCAGGAAACCAUCCGCGAGCUCAAGAGCACCAUCAUCACUAUUGCUCACCGCUUGCAAACCAUCGUCGACUACGACAAAGUCCUCGUGCUAGAUAAGGGCCAAGUCGUCGAAUACGGACACCCACACGAGCUGUUGAAGAAAGAAGGCCCUGAAGCUACCUUUAAGGGCAUGUGUGAAAUGAGUGGGGAUCUCGAAGCAUUGCAGAAGGCUGCGAAGAAGGCAUGGGAUGCGAAGAAAUUGAUAGAUGAUGAGUAA